AUGGCCAACGAAGAAUGGUUAGCUGUGGCAGACCGCAGCCAAAAGAAGAGGAUUCAAAACCGCGUGGCACAAAGAACAUAUCGUAAUCGCAUAAAAGAGCGCAUGGAAGAGCUGCAAAAAGAGGUCAAUGAAUAUCGCCGCCGAGAGCAGCAGCAAGCCUCGACAGAGCCUCAAGACGGAAGUGUCGGCGAAUCCGAAGGAGACACUAUCAAUGUUAAUUCAAAUGGCGAAAAGACUCCCUUCCCAACUGAGCAAGCUAUAGGUCUGGAGGCCGAUAUCAAAUCAUUACCUAGUGUUGGUUCCAACACACCACCACCGAGUACCAUCAACCCGGCCAAUCUCAGCAGCAAUAACAGCAUCCAUAGCAGAAGUAGUCCUGAAGAUGUCGACAAAGAGAAAUCGGGUGGUAGGAACAGUAAUGGCUACACGAUGGACAUAGACACACACGAAGACGCCCCUUCACUGAUAGGCAGCAUAAACUCCGAACCAUCCACAAGGAAUAUUGCACUUCAGCAAGCGCAUGCUGUAGUUCAACCUCAGCGUCUCACCCAACCACAACAUCAAAGAACUCACAUAUCUCAACAAUUUCCAUUAACGGCAUUUGGGCUGGCAGCGCCGGCUUUACCACCUGCUUAUAAUUUACCGACUGACUGGCCGUGGACAAAUACACCAAAUUUGUAUAGGGAUCCGAUGGGUCACCAAGCGAUCCCAGGAUUUCCAAAUCUUAGACAAGUACGAAGCGAUCACGAUUCGAGUUCGGACGCUUCAUAUACGAUCCCCGAUGUCACAGCAUUCAUGGUACAUCCCCAUGACUCAAAAACUCCGCACGUUCAUAUCAUGGAUCAAGAGACAGACGUCCGAACAAUAGCGGGUAGAUCACCAGAUGAAUCAAGUGAUCCAGGGAGUUUAAGCUCGGAGAGUUCAAUUAUUGGUAGUACGCUGUACGAUAGCCAAGAUAAAAACCUAGCAAAGAUGCUACAAAGCUAUGGAAACGGCGAGCAGCGAUUAAAAGAUAGGAGCCUAGAAGAACGGCUAGAGUUCAUGCGGGUGUGUGCCUCCGUAGCGGGCUUCCAUAGCAUUGACGAUAUGGCAAAGCAGUAUUACACUGCGGACCUUAGCCAUGACUCUGUCAUCUCGCAAGAGCAGCGCAACAGUCGGCACAGCCAGCUUCCACGGGUACUUUCAAAACUUCGAAAGAGCGUCAAAACAUGGACUCAGUGGGAAGCCCAUCGUUAUCAAUACGAAAUUAUUAAGUCCGCGCAGAGCCUUAUCCGCUCAGAGCGGACCGCUAACCCUACCACACAGCAUAUCUAUACUGAAGCACUUAUGGAUCUAGAGAAGGCGCUGGCCGCAGGGCUAGCUCAUAACUCAGGGGAGAAUGAAUUGAUACCAAGAGCAUUUCGGAAACUUUCCAAAGUGUUUCAAGAUACAGUAAGCCGUUCGAUUUCUGUUACUAUGAAGGGUUUGUCUUCAUCAGUCACCGAAGUUGUGCAAUUUGAUUGA